AUGCAGGGUGGGAAACCCGGUAAUGACUAUCAGUUCCGAAUUGCAACCAAUCAAACUUUUCAAACGCUCAACGAAGUUCUAUUCGUUGAGUUGCAAGCCUUACGUGGUGUACAAAAUUGUUUCCUGAUCAUCCGGCGUUUGAAUGAUCUGCGUGCGCCAUCACAGUGGCUAGUUGCUGUUAUGGCCUUUCUGGCGGCAAUAAUGUCUGCUGAUCUCGACGAUAUCCAGCGUUCAUUGAGUCGGGGCACCCAAGCGUUGAUAGAGGUACGUUCAGUGCAGUCGACAAACUCGUUCAAUCCUGACGGUAAGUCACAGUAUAGCAGUGGUUGGCGUAAAAUUACUAUGGAGCAAGCACCCACCGGUGUAGCUGAAUAUUCUAUCAUCGCACUACGAGAAGAUACAAUCCUUUCGCGACGGAUGCGCUCGAUUCUAGAAUUUACCGCAUUACCAAAGGGAGUCGAUCCGAUCAAUUCGUCAAACCUGUUGCCCACUGGCAUACAACUUUUUCCGGACCGUCCGUUCGUUGAAUAUUUGACCCAGUUCCUUACCAACAUUUUGGAUACAAUUGAAAAGGCAUGGACGCGGAGAGGGCAUUGUUGGGACUGCGUAGUGCCUAGAAGCCGAAUAGUGGACAGCAAACUGAUGCAGCAGAAGCCUCGAGUAAGUACCGUGAACAGUGGGGACGAAUUAAAGCCGCAUAUUGACAAGUCCCUACAAUCCUUGGCUUGCCGUCCUAGUGUUCAUAACCACAUGGCUACAAACGAAUACCAACCAUGUUGUUUCAUCGAUGCACGAUGA